AUGCUAGAUGCAAAAUCCAUCGACGUGAUCUCCCGCUUCAAGCUGGCGCUCCUCGUGCGGGCCCAGCAGCCCGCCCGCCCCUCGGAUUUGCCCCGCUACAACCGGGGGAACAAACUCCCCUCGGCAGAAUCCAACCCCCACGCGCUCUCACCUAAAGUCGUCGAGUACGGCGGCAGCCACCACCUCGUGCUCACCAACGAGGUGGUUGAGCGCACCAACUACCGCAACAAACGCCGCUGGCGCGAUUUCCACCGCUCGCAGCGGCCCGGCGACGCGGCCCUGGCGGACGAGGGCCUCGGCAGCGAUCUGCAAAGCGGAGAUCUGCAAAGCGACGCCAGCGACGACGACAGCAGCGAGGAGAACCCGCUCAAGAGAAUGCGGCUCGGCGAGCUCUUGGCGCCGUUGGCGCACCCGGCCGAGCUCGCGUCGCACCCGGCCAUUUCCAAGACGUACCGCCUGGCCAGCCUCGCGGUGUUGGCCGCCGAGAUCAUCGGCACCAUCGAGACCGAGCAGAACACGCUCAACCACUACAACAAGCUCUUGCAGGUGUUGGACGGCGAGGACUGGUUCUACCAGCUCGAGGAGAACAUGGGGCUUCCGCUGUACGACCACGGCUUGGACGACACGCCGCCCGCGGCUUCGCCGGAGCAUGGCGAGGACAGGCCCGUGGCCGAGCCCGAGGAGUUCGAGAACAAAAGAAUCACCCGCGCGGCGGGGCAGCCCGACGGCGCGGGCGCGGGCGAGGUCACGGACCCGUUUUUCGCCCUCCCGAAGUCGUUGGAGAUCUACGAGCGUCUGCAGCAGAGGCAGCUGCAGGAGGCUGCCGAGGAGGACGACGAGUACGGCGCCCUCCAGCAGGAGCUCAUCAACUACUUGCAGGUGAGCAUCCAGCGCCAGAACGAGUACAUCAAGAACCUCACCACCAUCCGGAACGGCUUGGUGAAGGCCGACAGAUACAAACGAGACUUGUUGCGCUGGGGGAAGGAGAUGGGUGAGCGGAAGUAG